UGUGUACAUGGGUAAUAAACCGGGUCUCACAGUGGCUGAGCCGGAACAUGUCAAGCAAAUUCUGGUUAAGGACUUUCAUAAAUUCAGAAAUAGACGUGACCAGGGUGGUCGACACCCUGUAUUCUCGAAAAAUAUGUUCGCCGCCAGGGAUGACGACUGGAAGCGGGUCCGGGCGAUAGCCAGCCCUACCUUCACGUCCGGCAAAAUGAGGAAAAUGUAUCCUCUGAUCAACCAUUGCUGCGAAGACUUCAUCAAUAAUUUGGACAAAUUGGCCGCAAAUAAGAGCGAAGUCGAGUUGAAGCAACUGAUGGGCGCCUACACUAUGGAUGUGAUCGCCAGCUGUGCCUUCGCUACCAAAACCAAUACAUACACCGAUCCUAACAACCCGUUCACCACCAGAGCUCAUAAUAUCUUUCACGGGCCCCUCUGGAAGAUGAUAUUAAUGAUAUCAUUGCCUACAUUUAUCGCCAGAAUACAGAUCAUCCGCAAACUCAUCAUGGGUUCAACGAAUUCGGACUUUUUUGUCGACUUCUCCCGAAGUCUAGUACAGCAGCGAAAGAAAAAUAAUGAAAAACACAACGAUUUUCUGCAGUUAUUAAUGGAUUUACUCAUCAUGGGUUCAACGAAUUCGGACUUUUUUGUCGACUUCUCCCGAAGUCUAGUACAGCAGCGAAAGAAAAAUAAUGAAAAACACAACGAUUUUCUGCAGUUAUUAAUGGAUGUCGAGAGAAGUGAUGGCGAUAUCCGAGAGGCCAGUGAUGCCAAUGAAGCACAUCAUGUGAAUGAGGGUAAGGAUGAGAUUGAAGCCGACGCCGAGGCUCUCAGUGAUGUCGUCGAGAAGAAGUUGACAGAGAAUGAGAUAUUAGCGCAAUGUUUCCUCUUCUUCAUCGCCGGUUACGAGACAACUGCCACUACUCUGUCGUACUGUACGUAUGAGUUGGCACUCAAUCCUACACUUCAGGACAGACUCUAUGAGGAAACGAAACCUGCAUUCAAUGAAAAGGGAGAAAUAGAUUACGAAGUCUUAUCGAAACUGCCAUUCAUUGACGCACUCUUAUCUGAAACUCUUCGCAAUUAUCCGCCAUUACUUCGACUCGAGAGGGAAGCCAUGGAAGACGUAACUCUGGGCGACACUGGAGUGAAGAUCGAAAAGGGAGUGAUCGCCGAAAUCCCUGUCUAUGCCAUACAUCACGACCCCGAGCACUACCCGAAUCCAUUCACAUUCAACCCUGAUAGGUUUAUGCCCGAAAACAGGGAAAACAUCAAACCGUAUACUUAUAUCCCUUUCGGUUCGGGUCCACGAAAUUGCAUUGGAAUGAGAUUUGCAUUAUUGGAGGCAAAGCUAGCCUUAGCUAAGAUCUCACAGCAGUUCCGGUUCUCCAGAGUGGCCAACACUGACGUCCCCGUUGUCUUCAAUAAGGGACGGAUCCUAUUGCAGGCCAAACGGCUUGUGGUGGGGGUUGAGAGACGUCCUUACGAAAACAAACAGAUAUUA